AUGCUCAACAUACAAAAGAUUCUAGAUAAUAUCGGCUGUAAAGACAUCUAUGUUGGUAUCUACAACCCUCGGCUCCGCUGGAACCCACCAUUCUACGACGUCCCAUCCAGUCAUCCGGCCUACCAGGCUUGGAACGAACGCAAAGACUGGGUCCGUGGUGUGGUUCAGCUUCAUCUUGGCGGUGCACCAGUCAAAAUUAGCUAA